AUGAGUUCUGAGUUGUUGGUUUCUCGGCCUCAAAUCGACAGCCGGGCCGUGGCGCAGGACGCAGCGGUCCCCGGGACUUCGGUGCAGGCGGAGAUCCCGCGGUGGCGUCUGUCCUCCGAGUCAGCCGCCACCGCGGGCUACCGAUCGGCCAAGUACACGCCAGCCGAGUGGUUCUCCAACUACCACACCAUCCUGCGCCAGGCCGGAACCGACCACCAGGAAGCCAAGCAGAUCCAGCGAGGCUCCAAGUUCCUCAACCAGACCACCGAGGCAGCGACUCUGAAGAAGCAGGCGGAUGGAACGCGUCUGCUCGGGGAGAGGCUACACAACAUCCAUCACUGGAGGUCGGAGCUGCAGCGACACAUUGAGCGGCUCCGGACCGACAUCGAGUCCCUUCAGGCCUUGAGGAUCCGCCUGGAGAGAGCGACUGACGCAACCGAGACGCCAUACGCUAUUGCGACCGACAAUCUGACGUGCAGGGCCGCGAGACUCGGACCAGACCUGGUGCGGGACUCGGUGGAAGAGGAGCUGUUGAAGGAGGUUGACUUGAUCAGGAGCGUCCAAGCUCUUCUGAAAAGCACCAGAGAACAGGUCAUCCGUCAGAUCAAGAUCAACCAGGAAGCCAAGCAGACUCUAGAGAUGGACUGGUCUGAUAAAUACCAGGCCUACAACCUUGACAACCACUGUGGCAGCUACUCAAACAUGAGUCCCGACACCAAGAAACACCCCAGCUCAGCAGCCUUGCAGGAGCAAGUGUGUAACCAGACGUCGUGGACAAAGUUCACUCAGGACAACCUCACCAAGGCGACACACGAAGAGCAAGCAACAGACAGUCUCAGGGGGCUUGUGGAGCGAGUGCUGGACGACACCACAAAGGACCUGCAGGUCCAGUGCUCCACUGUGGACCAAGCCUUCAACCAUCGCUGCGAGGAGUUGACGGAGGCAAAGUCCCAGCUGGAGAUGAAACACAGACAGGUGCUGGAGGAGAUUGUGGAUCAGGAGAGGAACAUAGUCCUUCUGCAGCAGGCCAUCUACAACAAAGAGGCUCCACUGAGGGUUGCUCAGUCCAGACUGUACACUCGCGCUCUGAGACCCAACAUCGAGCUGUGCAGAGAUGACCCCCAGAUCAGUUUGGAAGACGAGGUGAGACAGAUCGAGUCCACUGUGGCCUCUCUGCAGCUGCAGCUGAGCGAGGCCAGAGGGUCCCUCUCCCACCUGGAGGAGUCGCGCACCGCCCUGGAAAAGGACAUCCAGUGUAAAGCCCACUCGCUCUUCAUCGACAGACAAAAAUGUAUGAGUCAUCGCAAACGCUAUCCAAGCAUCACCAGGCUGUCGGGGUAUUGA